CUCGAGUGCGAAGCUGCUGGGACAGUGAAAGAAAGAUGGCGGCUGGACCCGGAGCGGCCAGUAGUGGUCACAGCGGUGGCCGCGGCUCAUCGGCCGCUUUGGAAUCAUCGCUGGACCGCCGUUUUCAAGGAGUUACCAACACGAUGGAGUCCAUACAGGGAUUAUCCUCGUGGUGCAUCGAGAAUAAGAAACAUCACAGUCUAAUCGUGCGCUACUGGAUGAAGUGGCUGAAGAAAUCGGAUGCCAAUCACAGGCUCAAUCUCUUCUACCUCGCUAAUGAUGUCAUUCAGAACUGCAAAAGGAGAAACGCUAUUAUAUACCGAACCUCCUUCGCUGACGUGCUACCAGAUGCCGCCCUGCUGGUCAAGGAUGCUAAAGUGUGGAGGUCAGUGGACAGGAUCUUCAGUAUUUGGCAGGAGAGGAAUGUUUAUCCUGAGGAGCUGAUCUCUGAACUGAAGGCCAACCUGCAGAAGAAAGAGGAGAAAGAGAAGGAGAAAGAGAAGGAGAAAGAGAGAGAAAAGGCAAAACAGAAAGAAAAGGCAAAAGAAAAGGCAAAAGAAAAAGAACAGCCCCCUCCUGCCACAGUCAACCCCAAAACUGCCCUGAAGUCUAAAAUUGUUGCAGAGUUUGUGCCACAUGAUUUUAUGGAGCGACUGGUGUCAUUUAAGCGUUCUUUGGAGGAGAGUGAUUUGAGAGAGAAGCAGUUAGCCACACUAAGAUUGGACGUUUGCAGCACUGAAGCCCUCAAGAGAUUGAAAGAUAAAGCAGGAGGAAAUAAGUUUUCCAAGGACUUUGAAGAGGGAAGUACAAAACUGCAGGAGUUUGUGACGUUCCUUGAGGGCCAGAUGAAGGCAGGGCCCCCAAUGCUGGAGGCACUGGGAAACGCAGACAUCUUUUACGAGAUGCAAUACAAAGAGGUCAAAAUUGUCGUCAAUGCUUAUAAGGCUUUUGCCAACCGGGUCAGCAGCCUGAAGCGUAAGCUGGACUCUCUUAAGGCCACACUGCCCAGGCUGGAUGAUUCUUCAGUCCCAUCCCCCUCUGAGGACGUCCCAUCCCCCACCGGCUCAGAGUCACCCUUCCAUGCCAUAAGCUCCAGGAGUGCCGCGAGUACCGGGGAAGGAGGGUUGAAGCUGCAGAGAGACAAUAGAGAUAUUGAGGACAUGGACAUGUCUGAGGAAGAGGAUGCAACAGCAAACAUUGCAACUACUGACGAGAGGAAAGAGAAGUCAUCCCUUCCAUCUGUGUCCAAGACGUCAAAUGCUGCAGCUGCAAAAAGCUCCCAGAUCUCUGUUUCAAAUCUAUCCCAGACUUUAGCAACUCCCACAAAGAUAGUGUCUGGGUCAGCAACCAAUGAGAUACCACCUGCUAACACCACACCCAUCAUUAACACACCUGGACCUGCCCUGGUUUUUAGCCCCUCCCCUCUGCAGGUAAACCUGGCUAAUGUGGAUUUGGGCAAGAUCAGCUCCAUUCUCAAUUCUCUCUCCAAUGCAAUGAAGACCACAGGUGUCAGUCCUGUGUCCCGUCCUUCCCCUGGUACACCCACUACACCAUCUAGCAAUGCCUCCUCUUCCAAAGCCCCACCUUCAACCCCUGGCAGCAUUGCCUCAUCCAGUUCUCUGGCCAGCAUCCUAUCUAAAGUGGAUAUCUGCCCUGGGAGCAUCCUGAAUGUUCUCACUAAAACACAGACUCACACCCCUAAACUGCAGGGUUUGUCUUCUAUCCUUUCCGCAGCUCGUUCUGGCUCACUUAACACCCCAGACACUGUUUCCUCUUCAUCAGCAACUUCUUCCUCUACAGAUGUUGCCCCAGCAGUAACCUCUUCUGCAACUACCCCAACAACCCCCAAGACCCAGAAGCCCACAGCUAACAAUUUAAAGCGAGAAUCUGAGCAAGAGAAAGGGAGAGAGAGGGAAAAGGUGAAGGAGAUGGCAAAAGAGAGAGAUCGAGAAAGGGAAGAUCAAGAGAAGGAGAGCAAGAAAGAGGCAGGAGUCUCUAAUGUGGCACUGCCUAGCUUGGAGUCAAAAAUCAACAGUUUUCUUCAGGGCAAUCCUGGUUUCAGUGCUCUCGGAUUUGGUCUGGAUGACAUGGGCAGCAAUAGCCCCCUCCUCGUCGGAGAAGACAACCUGGACAGUACACCUGUCCGAGAUGAGAGUGGUAGCACGCCCACCCAAGAUGAAAUCAUGGACACACCCCAGGAUGUCAAUGACCCCCAUAGUGCAGGUUCACCCACAGGUCCUAACCUUUCACCUACGGCCUACCACAGUGAACUUUGGGAUGCCGUGAUCACUCCACGUGAGGUUCUUGGAGAGAAUGAACGGAAAGACAGGGAUUACCGCACACCACAAGCCUCAAGACUUGCUGUCUUCAGCCCAAAUGCUACUAAACCAGUAAAGGCAAUGACAAAAACCAAAGAGGAAAUAGGGCUAAAGAGAAAAGUAGUGGGUUUGAACGUUCCAUCAGCUUCUAAGUCGCAAAAUCAGACUGUAAAAGCCAAGAUGGAAGGACCAGGUGGAAAAAGUGCAGCCUCCCGCAAACCAGUUGGUGAAGAUGGGAUGAAGGACAAUAAGAGGACUGCUUCUGCUGACAAUGGAGAGCACUACCAUCGCAUUGAGACUCUUGUUUCUUCGGCCUCCAAUGAGGGAGCACCAAUCGAAACCCUUGAUUACGGCAAUCGCAUCCAGACAGUAGAAAGCAUUCGUGUGAUUGGAAGAGGCUUGAGGAGAGGGAGCACUGCCGGUUCUAGAGUGGGUGGGGCCUGGUAUGAAGACGAGGAGUUUAUGGAAGCCCCACGUACAACUCUUCCUAAUAGCCAAGGCCCUGAUGAUUCUGAGGAGUUGGGACUGGCCCCUCCUGUUCCUGCUCAUCUUCCACCCCUGUUGCAGUACCCACCUCCACCCUACGCUAACGAGAACCCCACCCGACCUUCUCAUGCCAUUCCUCAGCACCAUCCUCCCCCUCCAUUCUUCCCCCCUCCUUCACUUCCUCAUGUCCCACCACCACUUCCACCCAUGCCUCAAGCCCCGCACCCUCCCCGAGACUUCCCUCUUUCCCCAACUUCCACUGUUAUGGUUGGUGGCAUCCUUGUACCCAUAGACCGUAUCCUACCUUACCCACCUGCCAAUCUCCGUCCAGAUGGAGUAGGGCUUGGGCUUGUAAAUGGUGGUAGCGCCUCUCAAAGAGGCAGCAAACCCCAACUCCCUUCCUUGCUGGGAGAACCCCCUCGACCAGGCACAUUGAAAGAGCAGUUCACCCUUCUCCAUGCCCCACCUUUUCAUCGUCCUGGCACCCCUGGAGUGCCCCCACCACUUUUGGGCAGAGUUCGAGAGGGACCCAGCCCCACCCCACCAUCACCCUCCACCCCAACCACACCUAAUCCAUCUCCCUUAGGAGAACCCCGUUCUCUCCUGUCUAUCCCCAACCGCCCACCCAGUAACAACCCAAAUCAGAGAGCCCGUCGCCCCUCAUCUCCUCAGUCCCUUCCCCACUUACCAAACCAGCAUCAAUCGCUCCGUCCCUCUCAGUUCACCAGAGGGUCCCAGCCCCUAUCACCACCCUCUCUUAACCGUGAGCACCUUCUGGCUGGGGUAAAGCGCCCUGCUGCCAGUUUUAGUGGUGGCUCUUUUAACCCACCCAAAAGGCCGUUCUUGCCCCCUCGUUAUUAGCAUCUUUAAUGAGUGCUGAACAUGCUUUACACAACCUGAAUUAAAACAGGCAGUGUAGUAAAAGCUAGCAUCACCUGCAAAUUGCAGCGUGAGACUUCAACUGCAUGUAAAUACAAAUGCACCAACACACGCCCUGCCCAAGAGCAGCCACAUGUUACAGCAUUUCUCUUCUUAGACAAAGAGAAGGUUUCAAAUAACCUAGAGCUUAAAUAGGAGGAGAAUGUGGAGUUCCUGAAACAACCGUGGAAUAUGAAGGAAAUCAAAAGGUGGUUAUCCUGUUCAGUUCUACGUGGUGUAAUUUGAGAGAAUGUUUGCGUUUUGUUGGAUGUAUGGGUGUGUAUGGUCAAAUAACUUUCCUCUGAUUACUUGUAAAUAGAUAUAUUGACUAUUUCUUUCCAUCCAGUAACUGUUUCUUCACUUUCCCACCCUAUAGCCCUUGUUUUUCUUUUGUUUGCAAUGUAAAACACUUGUCUGUUGUUGACAGUUUACAGAUUACUGUUUUUCAUCUGUUAACCUUUACUUUCUCACUGUGAGCAAGAACCAGUGGAUUUCAACUUUUCUUCAUUUAUGAGUGAUUAAAUUAUUAACAUUAUAGUCAUAGACUAAAUGUUGGGCAACCAUGGUGGCUUGUAGUGACCUUUAUGCUGCAUAAAACUAAAAUACAGCCCCUUUGUCAACUUUCAACAAGACGUGAAGAUUUCGGCUCAAACUGCGUACAGUGCAAGCUAACCAAAUGGCAAAGACAUAGCUGCUCAUUAGUUGCCGAGUGCAUUUCAAGAGAUCUCUUGCGUGUUCUCUUUUCUUUUCUUGAGUUUCAGAGUUCUCACAUGUAUUCUGAUUAAUAAAAGCAUUAUGUCGAGAAACGUAAAUGAAAGGAAAGAGACUUUAUUUACAGAUGAUGUCAUACUUUAUUCAAGAACAAAUGUUCCUAAAUAUUUUUAACAACAAUUCUGUUCUCUUCUAAUUCUUAUAACUUGAUGAGGUCCAAUGUGAGCUAACUUACUUAGAUCUGAACAAUAUCAUCGACCAGAAUUUGAGAGAAAAUUCAUUUUGGUUUCAUUAAUUAAUUUUUUUCCCCUGUAUUUUAUAUAUUCAGCUAAGGAGUCAGUACUCUGUCUCUUUGAUUUAAUAUGAUAAGUUUCAACAUUUAUCGUGUACAAAUGUUUGAAAUGUGAGAAUUUGUGAGUUGCACUUUCAGAUUGUGAUGUCACAUUUUUGGAUUGUUUGCAAUCUAAAGCAAUUAGUACUUCUUUUCUUAACAAAAUGCAUAUGCUGCUUGUUAAAAUCUUAUUUCACAAUCUUAAUGUGAAUAAUAUAACCUGUACAUUGUUGUAGUACUCAUGCUUUGUGUAAGAAAGCACUAGAAAAUAUGUUUGCUCUUUCCGUGAAGUGCAGAAAUGUUGAAUAUUUGAGGAGCGUGCAUGGUGUCGUCUUUUGUACAACAUUUGCAUUCACUUCAGAGGCUAUCAGAGAACCUACACACGUAUUUUACUAUGUUUCUAAAGGUAGCUUGCACACAUAUACCUAAUGUGUUAUGUUCAAAUGUACAACUCUAUACAUUGUCACUGCACCACAUAUUUAUUGCUAAAUCCUGCUGUCAAAAUUUCAACCUGUCAUCUCGUCAAAGGAAGAGAUUGCUGUCUGGGUGGAUUAGUUAAACUAAUAUAGUAUUAUCAGAAAACAGUGGCAAAACCCUUAAGGACGUUAUGCUGAAAUGGAAUGACAGACUGUUCUUUUUAGGUUCUAAAACAACCGUUAAACUUUAAACAGAGAUGCCAUUAUGACUUAGAAAGUAAUCCUUGACUCAACUCAUGAUUUUAACCUCUUGAACUUUAGUAAAUAAAGAGUUUGUUCUUUUGUUAACUGCAGACUUAAGAGUUUUAUAGUCAAACUGUAGUGAUAUUGAUUAUUAAUGGGAAGCUACUUAUUAAGAGAUCUGAAAGAUCAGUCAGUUUAAAGUAGUGUGUAAGCACAAGUUCUACUUUUUGUUUUGCAUUUAUAUUUCUACCACUUUCAUUACAAACCACAUAUUAUGGACUAACGAUGGUUUGCUCACCAUGACUGGAAAUACAUACAUGUUGUGCUUGUUAGUGGAUUUUUACUCAUUUAAAAAAAUUGUCAAGAAAAUCUGCACACAUAUCUUAAACAAAAUGUCACAAAAUAAGUUAUUACAUCAGUGAUCCCCACCCCUUUACAUUAUGACAACAUUUAAUAUAAUAGUUAUUUUGUGUGAUACCAUUUUAUUGUAUAAUCAUCAACAUUGUUUUGUGUAUUUUUAUUUGAUUUGUGGACAAGGGCAAGUUGAUUGCAUUUAGCAGAUACCAAAUUUUGCAAACUUGUUGAAUUUGGCUUAGAUUUCCAUCUUGCUUAACACACUUUCCAGUUGAUGCUGAGGAUAAAUCCCACCCUGAACUUCAGUAUUUCACUUGCACCCACAUUUAUUAAAGACACACCAA